AUGGAAGUCGCUUUGACUGCAGCCAACGGAAGCAUGGAAGAUCUGGCGACGAGACAGAAAAAUCGAAGAUUAUGCCAGUGCCCGUCGCGCAGGCGUGGGGAAGACCAAUUUGACGAAGGCCUAAAUCCGCUUUUUGAUGAUCGAGCCGAGGAGGAGAUCCAAUACGAGAACGAAAUCAGGGCCAAAAUCACCAAAGGCAAAAAGCCUGACCGUGUACUAGGCAUUAGACUCACCAAGAGACUGGACAGGAUCCUACACGAAACGGAAGGCCCAGAGGGUAACUUGAUCGUGGACUCGAUCAGGACGAGCCCAUUCAAACCCAGCAUCCGGCCUCUUCUAUUUCCGUUCCUUCUCAUAGAAGCAAAGUCGGAAAAGAGUCCAGACGCCUUUUCCAAGAUUGAUGCCCAGUCGGGCUUUGCACUUCGCAACCUGCUUCAGCUCCAACGUAAUCUUGUGCGCGCCACAGCCGAAAAUCGACACUCCAGCGUGAAGCCCCUUGUUUGGUACUUGGCAUACAGAGGUGAGCAAUGGCGCGUCUCAGGCGCCUAUGUGGAAGAAACCAAAGAUGAGUCUCGACCAAAUUACCGCAUCCUACAACUGUGGCGGGGAGAUAUUACGGAAGAAAAUGAGGCACUUCGCCUCCUUCUGAUCUUGGACUAUGUGUUCGAUUGGGCGCGCGAUAUAUAUCGUCGAGACAUCAUCAGUGGCCUAUUGUCUUUGGCUCCAAAUGCAUCCGAAAGUCUCAUUGCAGACACUGAUGUUGGCAGCACUUACGACAGGUUUGAUUACUUUCGCGAUGUCGACCACGAUGAGCCUGCCAUAGGAAAUGAUGUCGGACAGACGGAGCCUUUUGGGGUUCCUCACUUGCUGAAAUUCUUCGACCAUAAACGUCUCGCGAUUCGUGAUGCUAGGUAUAUGGCACAUAAAGUCUGGGCUCUCCAUGUAACCUUGGAAAACCUGGACGAGUUUUUGCAAAAAAUUAAGAGCGCGGGACUAGCUAGGGCCAUUGCUAGGCAACUGUGGAGAUGCAUACGCGGUAGCGGGACAUGGUCCGUUACUGCAGACUGUCUCAACGCUGUCGAAAAGCUAUGGACAGGCCAGGACCGAGAAUCACACACUUUCCAGAACCCAGAACAACUCUUUCUGGCAUCGUUCGCGGUGGAUUCUUACCUGAAAAGUAGGGAUCGUCGUGGGAUGAUCCCGCUUGACGUGUGGGACCAGGUUCACGCCCUGACAUAUGUUGCGAUAGCUCAUGAUGCGGUGGAAGCUCUGAGAAAGAGGACCGAAUAUAAAGAUCACAUUCUGCGGCUGAAUUUCGAUGCUUCACGUGUGGAAGCUACCGACAUGGUUUUGGAUCUGUUUCGAAGUGUCCGAUUCGCAUCGGUGAGGCAGUGUUUCGCGGCGGCUGUUGCCAGAUCUCGACUGUCCUCGCACUUUGGAUCGCGCACCGAAACAAUCAGGGUCCCAGGGUUUUCGAAAGAGAAAAGGUGGACCUCUUACCCUGCUCUGAUCCCGGUGACAUUUGAAUCAUCAUGGAUUGUCAGCCCGGCAGGACCCACUGCAGAAAUGUACAAGCUUCUGAAGAUUGGCAGGACCGAGCCGUCUGAGAGUUUUUUCCGCGUUUCGCAGCAGUUCAGUAAGCAUGACAUCGAAGCAACCUGCCCUACGCCAAUGACUUGGGCCCGGAGUACACUGAAAUUGCUCCCGGAAACCGACGCAUUACUAGUGAAGGGACUCGAUUCUGAAAAUGUGGAUGGUGAGAGGCGUCUGCGGACCUGGUACUGUCUUUUCGUCAUUGAUACGCCUCCCACGAAUGAUCACGAAGGGACGAACCCGUCCGAGACAGCGAGAGUCUUUCGGGGUACGCUACGGACCUUUUUCAAUGUGCGGUUAGGCAGGUACAAUUUCAAGGAUACAAAGUGUGAAGGGGCACAGAAGCUGGAAAAAGCCCUCAAGAUCUUGGAACAUGUCGCGAUGCAAUAUUCAUUAAUCCAGUCCAUGGAUGCAGACGGCGGUGCCGAGACAGCCCCCGAGUGGAUUCGAGAGAAAUGCAAAGUCCUCGCAUACCCGAGCGUCAAGUGGCCGUAUAGCUUUUCCGAGACGAUAAACGGCAUCAAACAAGUCAGCAAGGACUACGGAUUUAGUCAGACGAUACAUGACCUGAUCGUGGCAUUUCAAACCAUGAUUUCGCCUCAGAAUUCAUAUCUUGGACCCAAGGACAAUCUGCGCAUGGACUGGACUCCCUUCCACGAGCGGAAGGACAAGGCGAAGCGUCGUAGAGUCCACUACACGCCGGACAGCGACCAUUCCAGAGCCGAGUAUUCGGCCGAUAUACGUGGCGCCAUAAUCGUCGAGGAUACUAGUGAUGAGACGGAGAGCAGCGUUGGUUCUUGGUCAAAUGACAUCAGUAGCGGAGACAGCAUUGGGGGACCUUCAAACGGCAAGCGACGACGACUAGAAUGA